CUGUCUCCUCUCUGCAGGAGGACGCCCAGGAUCUGGACACCUACGCCCUGGCCAAGUCCUACUUCGACCUGAAGGAGUAUGACCGCGCCGCCUACUUCCUGCGCGGCUGCCGCAGCCAGAAGGCCUACUUCCUGUACAUGUACUCCCGCUACCUGUCCGGGGAGAAGAAGAAGGACGACGAGACCGUGGACAGUCUGGGGCCGCUGGAGAAGGGUCAGGUGCGGAACGAGGUCCUCAGGGAGCUGAGAGUGGAGCUGAGCAAGAAACUGAGAGAGCAGGACCCCUAUCGCAUCGAGAACAUGGACACCUUCUCCAACCUGCUGUAUGUCAGGAGUAUGAAACCAGAGCUGAGCUAUCUGGCUCACAACCUGUGUGAGAUCGACAAGUACCGUGUGGAGACCUGCUGUGUCAUCGGUAACUACUACAGUCUGCGCUCACAGCAUGAAAAGGCUGCGCUGUACUUCCAGAGAGCACUGAAGUUGAACCCACGCUGCUUGGGUGCCUGGACACUCAUGGGCCAUGAGUACAUGGAGAUGAAGAACACGUCUGCAGCCAUACAGGCCUACAGGCAUGCGAUCGAGGUGAACAAGAGGGAUUACCGGGCCUGGUACGGGCUGGGACAGACCUACGAGAUCCUCAAGAUGCCCUUCUACUGCCUGUACUACUACCGCCGAGCGCACCAGCUGAGGCCCAACGACUCGCGCAUGCUGGUGGCGCUGGGGGAGUGCUACGAGAAGCUGGCGCAGCACGUGGAGGCCAAGAAGGUACUGGGCCGUGUGUUCGACCAGGCGGUGGCGCUGUUCUGGGGUUUAAGGGCAGGAGCUUCAGUGUGUGCGUGUGGUACGAUGUGCAGUGUGCGCUACAUUGUGGCUUUUUUCAGGCUUCAUGAGCAGCUGAACGAGUCUGACCAGGCAGCUCAGUGCUACGUCAUUUACAUCCAGGAUAUCUUCUCCUGUGGGGAGCAGCUGGAGCAUGUGGAGCUGAGCACGGCGUUCAGGUAUCUGGGCCAGUACUACUUCAAGAACAAGCGCUACGACGAGGCCUCUCUCUGUGCCCAGCGCUGUUGCGACUACAAUGACGCCCGGGAGGAUGGGAAGGCACUCCUGCGCCAGAUCUCUCAGGUCAGAGGUCAGGGCGAGGCCGCGUCCUCUGACCUCCCUCUGCCAUUUGUCUUCGGGCCGCUGUCCAACAACAACACC